AUGGACCAGAAAAGAAAUUCCACCGAGCACAGAAGCAUCGCAAUCGCCAAUCCCAUGCCCGUUAACAAUAUGGGGGAAGCCCCGGGCGCCCUCCAAUCCCCGACUGCUUCCCCCCGAGCCUACCACCCCGAAGCGACCGCCGAAACGACCGAGACCAGAAACACCAAGGGAAACCAUACAACCCGCUCCUACCAUCAGGAACUGGCAACCACCUGGCCAGUCUGUCCAGGAUAUACCCCCAGCAUCCCCUCCCCAUGA